UGUUCAUGGCGAGCCAAAGUAUUGACGUGUCAGGUGACGACUAAGAGCGACGUCUUUAUCAGCGGGAAGCAUCAUACCACCUCCGAGUCGCCAAAAAGGCCCAAGCUGACGCGCAGUAUGAAGCGCUUCGCGUCUCAACUGUUGGGAAAUCGGGCUAAGCCCAAGCGGGUUCGACAUGACAUUCGUGACAAAUUUGAGCCUGAAAAAGGUGCAGCGCCGAAGCUGAGCCAAGUUCAGCAUUUUAUAGGGCACCUCAAGCGGCCUCGCCUGAAAGAGAGUGAUUUUGUGGAAGACAUUGAGAUUCUGGCUACUGGACUGAAGUGUCACGACGAAAUUGGCGGUAUCGACCCGUUCAUUUUUGGCUACAAAGUUGAAGGUGGAAAAUCGAGUUUUGGAUACGGUACGGACGAGCCCCCGCUUGUUGUUGGUGUGUCAACACCGUUUAUGCUGAAGACACUGAGCUAUGCGAACGAGCACAUUUUUCACAUCGAUGCUACGUACAAGCUGAACCAGUCUGGAUAUCCAACUAUUGUACUGCGGGUUUCGGAUCGGGCUCGCAGUUUUCACUCUGUUGCGAUUUUUAUCACCUCACAAGUUACUGGACCCAUUAUCCAUAAUGUUUUGGUGGAGAUCUUUGAUAUGUACCGCGUUUUGACUGGAGAACUGCCCGAGAUCCGGUUCUGCGUGGCCGAUGCCGACAAAGCACAGUACAAUGCUGUUCAGUCUGCCGUUGCUCUGAAGACCCGCAAUCCCGAAAACUUGGUAUUCCUCAUGUGUUUCUUUCAUGUUGUAAAAAACGUGGGAGAGCAUGUCUCGAAACUAUUCGGCAAGUCGAUUUCCCAGGUGUACCGGUACCUGUAUUUGAUGCAUUUCGCGCGGUCUGAAGAUGAAUUUGAAAGUUUUUCAAAGAAGGCUUUGAGUGUUUGGGGUGAUGACCCUGUACUCGCUAAGUUUGCGAAGUAUGUCAAGAAGCAGUGGCUGAAUUCGGUUUUUGCAAAUUGGGGCGUGUUCUGGACUCCGCCUGGUUACGCUACGACCUACAACCCAGUUGAGACUUUUAACAGGUCGAUAAAGCAGGUCUAUACCUUCUUUAGCUCGACUAAGCUUGUCGGACUUAUGGAUCGGCUCCAGAUGAUACCUAUAUGCCUCAACGCACCAGCAUCAUGUUUCUCAUGGAAGGCUUCGGACAAUAUCAUGAAGUUCUGUCAGCGAGAAGACCCUACACAUACUGUCGACGAAAGCGCUACCUGGAAGAAGUUGUGCCCGGCGUUGAAAACGAAAAACAAGAAUCUGAUGGAGAUCGAAGAUCAGCCGGUUGACGGCUGGAAGUUCGACCUGGAAACAAAGGUUUGCCCUUGCCGAUCGUGGAAUAAAUAUGGAGCUUGUGUGCACUCAGUUACCUGUUUGCGGCUAGCCAAACUUCCUAUCCCUGGGGUGCCGGAGCCGAAGCGAGUGUUUUUUCAACAGAAGGAAGCGUGUUGGUGGAAGACCCGCCACAGUAGGACCCGCGUUGUCGCUGGAGUAGCUUCCUAG